GCGACGCGCGGCGGAUCUCCCGACAAGAGUACCCGGAUGGAGAGGUGAGAGGUUGUGUGCCAAGAUGGCGGACCCCGUGGAUGACAUGUUUUCUUUCUGCGUGGAUCCCGGUAAAGUCGCCGCUGGUGUGGAUGUGAGAUUUAUCGACAACGUCAAGGGGAAAGGUCUGUUUGCCAAGAGAAGCAUCAAGAAGGGAGAGACCAUUUUCAUCGAGCGGCCCCUGGUUGGUGCCCAGUUCCUGUGGAAUGCUCUGUAUAAAUAUAAAGCGUGCGAGUACUGCUUGCGAGCUUUGGAGACAGCAGAGGACAAUGCAAGAAGACUCAGCAACAACCCCGCCCUUAGCCUUCCGUACCCUGAACUCUGCCGGGUUCGACCGGAGCGCCACCAAGUCUGCCCUCAGUGUCAGGUGAUGUACUGCAGCGUGGAGUGUCGGCAAGCGGCGGCCGAUCAGUACCACCGAGCGCUGUGCCUCGGCCCGUCCCAGGACGAUCCGGACCACCCCGUCAACAAGCUGAAGGACGCAUGGAGGAGCGUUCACUAUCCUCCUGAGACCUGCAGCAUCAUGCUGAUGGCCAGGAUGGUCGCCACCGUCAAACAAGCCAAAGAAAAAGCGCACUGGCAGAAACUCUUCUCACAUUUCUGCAGCCGCACAGCCAACGAGGAAGAGGAGCUGGCCCACAAGCUGCUCGGGGAGAAGUUCAGAGAUCAGCUGGCGCUUCUGCAGCGCACUUUUAAAGAAGCUUUGCAUGACGAUCAUCUCAAUCGGUGGUUUGUUCCUGAGGGAUUCCGCUCGCUCUUCGCUCUGGUCGGAACCAACGGACAAGGCAUCGGAACAAGCUCCCUAAGUCAGUGGGUUCAUGCCUGCGACGCAGCAGAGAUUCCUGCCCAGCAGAGGGCGCAAUUGGACACCUUUAUUGACCAGCUCUACAAAGACAUUGAAAGAGAAACGGGAGACUUUCUAAACUGUGAAGGCUCAGGACUGUUUUUACUCCAAAGCUCAUGCAAUCACAGCUGCAUACCAAACGCCGAGGCUUCUUUCCCGGACAACAACUUCCUGCUUCACCUCAGUACCCUCAGCGACAUCAAUCCCGGAGAGGAGAUCUGCAUCAGUUACCUGGACUGCUGUCAGCGGGACAGGACCCGCCAUAGCCGACACAGGAUUCUGAGAGAGAACUACAUGUUUGUCUGCUCCUGCCUCAAGUGCGUCUCCCAGUUGGACGAGCCGGACAUGACGUCGGACGAGGAGGAAGAAGCGGAGGGCGAUGACUUGGAAGACGAGAUGACGGACGUGUGAUUGAACAAGUCAUGACCAAGUCAGUCAAUGUAUGAUGUGUUGAAGUCCAGUGUUUACUUGGUCCAAGCAGACAUGUGCUUUAAAUGCCACCAAGGAGGAGCAGGGACACACUUUAAAGACCUUCUCUCAAUAAAGUCACACAAUAUGGAAAACUUUUUUCUCUCAAAAACUGUCAAUUCUUUUUUGAAAGUAUUUUUUUGUGCUGUCAAAGUUACACAGGUGAUUAAUGUAUGAAUGCAGAUUAAUCACGCAGGCAAUUUUAACAGUUACCUGAAGGGGUUUUUAUACACCACUUUUGUAUUUUAGAUCAAAUUGUUACAAAGUUUUGAGUGCAUAAACAAGCAUUGAAGUAAAACAUUUACAAAAUGUGUUGAAAUGUUUUUACAUUGUAAUCAAUGGAAGCAAGUGAUUGACAGCGACUAUACAACGUUUAAGAGUGAAAUUCAUCUGAUUUUAAAACGUGUUGGCUGUAAUAUUACAUUUUCCUGGCAUUUUAUUCUUUUAAAAUGUAAACUUCUCUCAUAACACUACUUUUAUAAAAUAAGUAUGCCUUUAUGAUCGUACAGUUUUUUUUUUUUUAAAGCUAGGUUUCUUUCCUAGAACUUUUUUCUCUCAAAAAAUGUAAUAAAAAUUAUGUUUUUAUAUCUGUAUUUAUUCUUGUAACAUUACUUUAUUCUCAUUAAAAAAACAUUACAUGUGACAUUUUUUUUAAUACAAUAUAUGUUUAAAAAAAUACUCGAUUCACUUGCUAAAAAAGUAUGUUUUUGUAUUUCUUUUUUUUACCUUAACAUUUCCAUUGUGUCUCUCUAAAGGAAAAAAGUGGUGUGAUUGUGACAAUUGUCUUACUUCAUAUUUUCUUUGUCUUUUUAGUGUGUCCUUGAUAGUCCUUUGCAUCGCAGAGCCUCCUUAUGUAACCAUGGAAACGGUGUGUGUCAUUGUUCAUUACUGUAUAUUUCCACACACUGAGCUGAAAGCAUACACUUCAAUUUAAAGUAGCAGUAGAGUGGAAAAACAAAUUGCCUCUAUAUUGAAGCUAUUGUCAUACAUUAUGAUUUAUGACUUCCAAAGUUUGCAAAUAAAUAGAUAUGAUCAGAAUAGUAUUUUUCUCACGGAGAUUCCCAAGUUAUUUUGAGAGAUAACGUGACGUAGAGGAGGAACCACGAAACUCAAACAUUGAUUAGUUUGGGAAAAAUUGUAUUAUAUUUUUGAGCCCGAGCACAAAGAGGAUGAGCGCUAAGCUUUCAAAGUUGAGUGCUAAACUGAUGAAGCUUUAUUGUGACAUAUAGCAUGAGCAGCAUUGCUAGGUGCUAAACAUACAAGCUAACCACUUUAAACCAUAACAAAACAAACAUUUACUGUAAUAUUUCCACUCCCUCUGACUGGACACCAACAUAUAUCUGUUUAGAUGAAGAAUCAAUCGCAAGCCUCACAAAAGGUUUGGAAAAAAAGCGACUGUAGUUGGGAGGAGACAGUUUUUUCAAGGAUUUUUGAGACGAAUGGCAGAUUUGAAAUUGGAAGGCUAUGUACAGAAUAUUCCUAAUCAAUUACGUAUUUUGCACACUUUAUUAUUAUUUUUUUUGGACAAGUAUAACCAGCGUACCUAAUAUGGAAUGUUGUUUUUGAAUAUUUGCAUAAUCCACGAAAGGUUGAUUGGAAAAAUGUAACGUAAAAUAAAUAAUACAUACAUCCAUGUCUGGCAAGUGUCGUAUUUUUUUUUUAUUUGCUUGAUUUGUUUUUUAACUUAUUUUAUUUUUUAAAGGGGAACCCAUGCACAUAUAAAUAAGAAUGCAAUAUUUUAGUUGAAUACCAUAAUACGAACGAUAAACCUUCAUAUUUUGUCAAAAUUAAUUAGUUUUUAUUAUAUACACUAUAUU